GUUGUGGCUGAGGAGUCUGAAGACACUCACUUCAGACUCUUGCAUCUUCCAAGCAAGAUGAUGGAAUCUUCCCCUCUGCACUGUAGGGGCAGUUGAAAUGAGCUCAGGGCUUGUUCAGCAGAACUAGGCAGGUAUUAUGACCUGUGGCCACGCUUUAGAUACUAACUCUGAACAGAAGACCGUAUUAAGCCAGAAUAUAGCUGAGUAUGGAGGACUGAGAAGGUGAGGCAGUUCUGCACUGUGCUGCCUUCCACUGGUUAAGUCCUCCGAAAGUGAAGGGCUGCCCAGGCAGAGGAUGUCCCUCUGCCACCCUCAGAGGGGCAGCGCUGUGCUGGCCGACAUUUGUGGUGCUGCUUGUCCCUGGCUCAGGUGAGGCUUUGCACCAAGGGAAAAAGAUUAAGAUAUCAAAAUCAUCCUUGUGCCCAUAACAGAUGGCCUUCACCUGUGUGACACUCCUCUGGGCAUUCCAGAUUUUAAAGAAACCCAGAGACAACUUUCAGGGAGGUAAAAAGUUCGACAGUGAUGGGUCACCUCCGGCACUAUUAGGGGCACAUCAGUAAUAAUGACUUUCAGACUUGGGCACAGCAUCCGUCAGACCUCAGCAGUCAUGCUGCAUGCAGUUUCUACUCCUCGCACUUGGGUUGGUUGGAAACCCUGAGGCAAUGACAGGGACCUCCAAGGUCCUUGGGACAUGCCCAACAUCUCAUUUAAAGGCGCUGCAGAAUGCGGAGUGAAGAGCUGGCGGGCACCAUGGAGGAGAGCCGCGGGCCGAGUCCGGGGCUGGCGCCGGCUGCUCCCGGCCCGCUGGGGGCGCCGUACUCCGAGGCCUGGGGGUACUUCCAUCUGGCGCCCGCGCGCCCGGGGCACCCGUCGGGCCACUGGGCCACGUGCCGCCUGUGCGGGGAGCGGGUGGGCCGCGGCCCGGGCUUCCACGCGGGGACGGCGGCGCUGUGGCGGCACCUGGAGAGCGCGCACCGGCGGGAGCUGGAGGGCAGCGGUGCCCAUUGCCCGCCGCCCGCCGCGCCCUCCCCGCCGGCCCGCCCCGCCGAGGGCGACUGGGCGCGCCUGCUGGAGCAGAUGGGCGCGCUGGCCGUGCGCGGCAGCCGGCGCGAGCGGGAGCUGGAGCGGCGCGCGGCGGCCGUGGAGCGGGGCGAGCGCGCCCUGGAGCGGCGGCGGCGGGCGCUGCAGGAGCAGGAGCGCGCCGUGGCCCAGGCGCGCCGCGAGCUGCAGGCCGAGCGGGAGGCCCUGCAGGCGCGGCUGCGCGAGGUGAGCCGCCGAGAGGGCGCGCUGGGCUGGGCCGCGGCCUCGCCACCCGCGCCUCUCAAAGACGACCCCGAGGGCGACAGGGACGGCCGUGUCAUCACGAAGGUCCUCCUGUAGGAGUUUGGCUACUUCCGCCACCCCACGCCUGCGCUCCUCCAAGUGUGGGCUGCUGGCCAGGCCCCGCGCAGCCUCCCCUGGCUGGCACGGGAUCCAGGCCCGCUGCCCGUGCUGACCCGGAAGCUCCGAAUGUGGGCCCGCACCCCGGUGCUGGCCUUCGGUGUGAGAUGCGCUUCGGAGGCCAGAGCAGAACCAGCAACGCGUCCUCGGUGGGGUCAUCUUUAGUAUCUGGGUGGCCUUUCGUGGGCAGGCGUGCAAGGGAUGUGGUGGCACACGGGAAACCUGAGUGCUUCAGCAGCCCCAUGAACCCAGAUUACCCGGAGCCAAGGCCAUUUAGGGCUGGUAACCUGAACCUGGUGACUUUGAAAGGACGGAAGCUGCUUUCCACACCUAAGACUUAUCACCCUAUGUGCCUAUAUGCCAGGUGGCCCAAGAUGGAGGGUGCAUGGCAAUGAGGAUAAAGCUGUUUACCCAAAGGAGUCUUACUCAUUUCCUAAUGCAUAACCUGCCCAGCACCAAGUUCAGAAAAGGGGACCUUGAGUUUCUGUAACUGCUCUUUAUCCCGUCAUCGCUAGAGCUUCAUGGGCCGUCCCAGAGAGCCCCUCGUUUUACUCCCCUCCUCCCACGUUGCCCAGCCAAUACCAGGUGCUCUGUCUCACCGCAGCUAUCUUGCCCUCGGUUCAGACCCAGUGCCAGGUGUGGUGCAUUUCUCCUCUUUCAGUCAUCACAUCUGCUUCCUUGCCAGCAAGACAUCGCCUCAUCCCCUAGUCACUAGGAAGGGCAGUUCCUUCCCCAGGUCUUCACAGUCCUCACUUCUGGGCCAAAGGAGAAAGCAUCCCUCCCACCUAAGGCCACGUCUUCCUGUCAUGUCUUCAUCCCAUUCCUCUUCCUCAUUUACUGGGUCUUUGCUCCAGUAGUAUUCUUCCUCUCCAUCUCAUUCCCUCCCUUUCCUCAGGCUCUUCUCCCUGGGCAGUGCCCAGUCUCCCUUGUACUGAAAAGAAAGAUUCAGCCCCAAAGGGUCAGGUAGUCCCUGCUGCCUACACUUCUCAGUUUUCACUCCUUCACUCCUGGUUAGCUUUCCAUGCUACAUGGGACACCUUUGAAGCCACCACAAUCUCCUAAUGACCAAAUAUGAUGAUUUAUUUUCAGCCUUCAUUUUGCUUAAUCUUUCCCUUCUUGAAAUUCCUUUCUUGGGAGGUGGACCAUACUUUUACUCCAAAGAAUUCUGUUUCCUAUGUAUACUGGUUCCCAGCUUUUCCUCCGUCCUCUUUUUUUCUCAUUUUUUUAUAUUGAUAAAUUCCAUGUAUCCAGAAAAAGUUGAAAGGCUAGUACAAUGAAUACCCAGAUACAUCCCCUUUUCCCAGAUUGAACAAUUGUUAAGGUUUUGCCAUAUUUACUUUUCCUUCACCCCAUGCAUGGGUGUAUAUAAUGACAUUUCACCCUUAAAUAUUUCAGCAUAUAUUUCCUAAGAAAAAGACAUUGUUCUACAUGAUUGUAGUAUGAUUAUCAGACCUAGGAAUAUAAUCAAAAGCCUCUAAUAUAGCAUCCUUAAUCAAAAUUCACUAAUUGUCUCAAGAACAUCUUUUUGUCUUUUUUUUUUUUUUAACCAAGCCCAAUCAAAGUUCAUACAUUACCUUUGGUUAUGACUCUUCAGUCUCUUUUAGUCUAGAACAACCCCCUUACAUUUUUCCCCAUGAUACUCACUUUUUGAAGCAUCCAGGCCAGCUGUCUUAUGGAAUGUCCUAUAUUCUGGAUUUGUCUGAUUGUUUCUUUGGGCCAAUUUCUAUGCUCUUGGCUCAUUUCCCUGUAGAGCUACGAUAACUUUUUCUGUGCCAGGGAAUCCUGACUAUCUCUAGCCCUCAGUGUUCUCCCUGGGACUGGUUCUUCAUGUCCAACCCCCUGCUGCAUGUCUCCACCUCUACUCGCAUAUCCCGCCUCUGAAAUGGAAGGGGCAGCUCUAUUUAACCCUGCAUCCUGCCUCUCACCUGGUAACAUUCACAGGGCUCUCCCAAUGUAUUAGGUACAGACCACACGCUUUGCGGGUAUUCUCUCACUUUACUCUCACAGCGGCUCCGUGCUAAUACUGUGCCUGCUUUGCAGCUAAGGAAACUAAGCUAGAGAGGGGUUAAGUAUGAAAGCACAGCUGGGGAGCAGUAGAGGUAGGAGCCAAAUGCAGUCAGGCUACCCCCGGACGCCAUGUUCCUAGCUACUGUACUGCCUCCCGAGAGCUCUGCUUCCCUCGUUCCUGAAGCACCUCAGCUCUUUCCUUCUUAACUCCAGCUGACUAAUUCCAGUUAGUGGAAUUAACUGCAAUUAGUAACAUUAACAUUUACUGAGUUCACUAUGUGUCAGAGCUGUGCUUAAUGCUUUACAAGAAUAAUGACCUGCCACGCAGCAACCUCAUGACUUAGGUGCUGUGCCCACUUUGUAGAUGAGACAGGUUCAGGGGAGUUAAACGUCUUCAGAGACACAGCUGCAAAGAGGCAGAGUGGGAUUUGAACUCCAGUCUCACUAAAUCCUAGGCACCUGCUCUACUGAGCCUAUUGCUACAAAAUAUUGUAGCUGCCUGCCUUCUGAUGCCACCUGCCAAGCUCAAGCCCCAUUUAUCAUUCAUCUGGGAUUCAUCCUUGCAUCCUUGUCUUCCCCUGUCAUCCCCUACCUGACACAAAACUUGGCCAAAGACAAGGAAUGGUCCUGAGCCACCCCUCAUUACUUGUAUCACUUCCUGCUCCAGAGCCCCCAAGGUCACCCAUCACCCACUUACUAGACUGCAAGCUUUGACUUUGUGGCCCAGCAUUCAAGUUCCUCCCCCUCCCCAGUGCCAUUCUUAUUGUCCCCUGCCCUAUGUACACUGUAUGCCCCAGCCAUACUGGGCUCUUCUUCCUGACAUGUUCUGGUGUUAGCAUUUCUGUGUCUCUUAAAAAGCCCCUUCAAUCUCCGUGAGUACAAAAAACUCUACCGAUUUUCUAAGAGCAUGAAGCUUUCCUUGGUUUCUCAUUUCAAGGCAUUUCCUGACUUCUCUGGACUCACCAUUUUGUAUCUCACAGCCCUCGGAGCAGGCCAUCUAGCAUAUGGCUAUGUGGGUUUCUGUCUUAUUUCCCCCGCCAGACCCUGAACCCUGGGGGGUAACUGAUUCGUCCUCCCCCCACAAUGCCUUGCAUACAGUAGGUGCUCAAAUAUUUGAGGCAAUGAACCGAUUCAAUGUGUUUUAAGUUUUUACAAGUUAGUGUUUCUGUAGUAAUUCAUUUAUCUUUAAUUCUUUGAGUGAAAUUCAUAACAAAAGCUUACAGAGAAAUAACUAAUAAUUUUUUAAAGCUGUUUUGUCAAUAAAGAUUUAAUUUAAUAAGA